UCUUUGAUGGAAUAACAGAAAAAAAAAAUUCUGGAUCGGAGAGCUGCGAAGCCUGGGAAUCGCUCGUUCUUCUUCUCCAAUCUUCGAGUUCUUUAUACCAAAACUAGAUUAGGUUUCUCCAAUUUUAUAUAAGCCCUAACACUUGCGAUUCUCUCGCAAUCAAUCUCUCAGUCUAGUGUUUCGCGAGUUCGCCUCUGAGUUUGGUCUGUGAUCGUGUGAGAGAGGAUGUCACGGUGUUACCCGUUCCCUCCACCCGGCUUUGUACCGAACCAAGUUCGGGAUGAGUCUCUGAUCGAACCGAUCAAAAAGGGGACAAAGGAGGAAGUUAAGAGAGAAAAGAAAGGUAGAAAACACAACAAGGUUCAAAAGAGGAAAGAGAGGGAUAACGAGGCUGGCCGAAGCAGUAAACACCGUCAUCAUAAGAGACAGCGCAAAGAUGAAAGCGCCAAUGCUAGUAAGCAGGUUGACUCCCUGGAGAAGAGCUGCCUUACGAUAGAACUUGACCAUCAAGCGUCUUCCCAGACUUCUUGUGAUAGCACUCUUCGUAGCAAUGAGAAUGAGGGACCGAGUCAUAUUAAGAGUCAGCCCCUCAACGGUAGGCAUAACGACUCUGGUGAGUUUGUUUGUUUACUUGUUGCUGGGUCUGUUUUGCUUCAGAUGAUGACGCUCUUUCUUCGAAUUGUUGCUAUGGGUUUUGAAGAAACUAGCAUGCGGGUCUUGUUACAUGGCAAAGGGCAGAAAUAUCCUGAGGUGAUGUUGACCAACAAGGGUCAAAAACAGUGUUCGGCCUCUAGUCAUCAAGAAAGUAUUGGACCUUAAAAUCUCUGCAGCAAAUGCCCUUCUUCCACGGCCAUACGAUUCUUGAAACUCGUCGAGAACUGGGCUCCUGAUCGGUUUGAGACCAAGCUCGCAGACUCUGAAGAUCAAGAAGGGUGGUUGUUGAUGAAAUUUGGCGCCAAAAGACAUGAUCAAGUUAGCGUUAAGACAAGCAGCAAGGGAAGUAGUUAGAUGGUGUGGCCAACUGCUCAGUUUCUUCCCGAAGCCGAACUACACGCAUUGCCAUUCACUGUACCCUUCUGAUUUCCCCAAAGCUUUGUUUCCCUAUGUAUUUUAGAUUAGCAUUUUGAACUCGGAGGUAUAUGUGUGAUUAUUUGUAGAUGCACUAUAAAUAUAUAUAGUAAGUAAUAUCAAAAUUGAGUUUACAUCUCA